CGUGGUCUCCGGACCGACAGACGGGGGUUCUGGUUGUGACGGUGAUUAGUCCCGGACCAGCUCAGCCCCCCACCCCGGACUACGAGCCCGGCCGUCCGGACCCGUGUCCGCGGGUAGAGCAGGGCAGUGUACUGGCUGCUGGGAUGAUGCUACAGGGGCUGCCAGCAGACGGUACCGGCCCCAGGCUCAGCCCCCUGGUGGCGCUGGAGCUGGCCGCUGACGCCAAAGAGGAGGCCGUGGCCUGGUUGCUGGGCAGGAUAAGAGACAAGCAGCAGAAUGGAGGCGCUGAUCUUCUGGUGGAGCAGCUGGGUCCUGGAGCCGGAGCGCAGGAGAAGGACAACCCCAACAUGUUUGUGGUGGGGGCGUCCAGGCAGAGGCUGCUCUCCGGGGCCGAGGACGUGGGUCUCUUCAAGGAGUACAGCGAUGGAUCCAUGAGGGCCUUCACAUGCACCAACAAACACCAGUUCAAAGACUUUAAAGGGGACGGAGACAGCUUCCUCAGCACCGCCGAGUGCCAGUACGUCAUCAAACAUGAACUAGACACACUACGAGCCAAAGAUGAGACGCACGUACCCGGAUACAGCCAAGCAAAGCUCUACCCUGGGAAAUCCAUCAUCCGCAGAUUACAAUCCAAAGGAAUCCUGAUCCAAGUUUUUCCUCUCCAUGAAAGUGAAGAACUGAAGAGACUUUCUUUUACUUGGUAUAAAAGAGUCAAGUUGUCCUUCCAGCCGCUCGAUGAGAUCAGACACUACUACGGAGAGGGCCAGGCUCUGUACUUCAGCUUCCUGGAGUACUUCACCCUGGCCCUGCUGCCCAUGGCCCUCAUCGGCCUGCCCUACUACCUGUUCGACUGGGACGACUACGACAAAUACGUGGUGUUCGCCGUGUUCAACGUGGUCUGGUGCACCGUCAUCCUGGAGCUGUGGAAGCGCUGGAGCGCGUCUCUGGCCUACAAGUGGGGCACUCUGAGCAGGAAGAAGGCCUUCGAGGAGCCGCGCUCCGGGUUCCACGGCGUGCUGGGCUUCAACCCGGUGACGGGCCGCGAGGAGCCCACCUACCCCAACGCCCGGCGCCUGCUGCGCAUUUACCUGGUGUCCCUGCCCUUCGUGCUGCUCUGCCUCUACCUGUCCCUGUACGUCAUGAUGAUCUACUUCCAGAUGGAGGGCUGGGCGCUCUCCGUGCACGACGCCGAUCCCGGAUUCUGGACCGGAGUGCUGCUGUUCGUCCCCAGCAUCAUCUACGCCGUCGUCAUCGAGAUCAUGAACCUCAUCUACAGAUACGCUGCCGAGUUCCUCACCGGCUGGGAAAACCACCGGCUGGAGUCGUCGUACCAGAACCACCUGGUUCUCAAGGUGUUGGUGUUCAACUUCUUCAACUGCUUCGCCUCGCUGUUCUACAUCGCCUUCGCCAUGCAGGACAUGGUGCUGCUCCGACAGAGUCUGGCCACGCUGCUGAUCACCAGCCAGAUCCUGAACCAGUGCAUGGAGGCUUUCCUCCCGUACUGGCUGCAGAGGAGACGCAACAAGAAGAUGAUCCGCAGAGCCCAGAAGAGGAGGAGCACGGAGGGCAGGGAGCUGCUCCUGAAGGAGCAGGUCUGCCUGGAGGCCGACAUGAGCACAUACCUGGGCACGUUUGACGACUACCUGGAGCUGUUCCUGCUGUUCGGCUACGUGAGCCUGUUCUCCUGCGUGUAUCCUCUGGCGGCGGUGCUGGUGGUGCUGAACAACAUCACCGAGCUCUACUCCGACGCCUUCAAGAUGUGCCACGUGUUCAAGCGGCCCUUCUCCGACCCCGCUGCAAACAUCGGGGUGUGGCAGCUGGCCUUCGAGGCCAUGAGCGUGAUCGCCGUGGUUACCAACUGUGCUCUGAUCGGCCUGUCCCCACAAGUGAAGGGAUACUUCCCUGAGUCCGACACGCAGCUCAUACUGUGGACGGUGGCUGUGGAGCACGGGCUCCUGGCUUUCAAGUUCAUCCUGACCUUCCUCAUCCCAGACGUCCCCAAACACAUCCAGAUCAAGCUGGCUCGCCAGGAGUUCGAGUCCCUGGGGGCCCUCAAGAAAAAGGCAGGCAGAAGACGUUUCUUAGCACUGGCUGAGUCCACCUGCAUGCAAUGAAUAAACUAAUUAUCAGCCAAUCUCUCUCAUACUUAUACUUGUAUGAGCCCUUACCCUGCCUGUUUUAACUUCUUCUUUAUUCACCCAGUAAUACAAAACAAUGGUAUUAGGUGGAAGGUGGAGAUAAUACAGCACGUCUGACAUAAUACCUUUGUUCACUGACUACGUUUACAUGCAGUCAAUAACCCUUUUCUAACCGGAAUAUUCGCACGGCCAUGUAAACACCAAUAACCCCUUUGAGUAACCGGAAUUUGCACAUAUUCCUGUUUUUAAAAAGCCCAAUAUGAGCCCUGGGUUACUCCUUUUCUAACUGAAUAUUGGGUCAUGUAAACACCAAACGGAAUAUCCCCAUCAAACGGAACAUGAAUGUGUUUUCUGCACAUGCUCUGUUCACAAGGAAUCCUGGUCUUUUGAGUCCAGGAAGUUCUUAUAAACACGGAGAAACACAAGACCAGGAGGAGACUAAUCACUUCAUAAAUGUAAUGAAGGAUAUGAACAUUUCUGCAUUUGUAGACGGUAGAAAGUACCGGGAUAGAAGAUUUACAAGAAGGUGAGAGGAAAGUUGCGUGAAGCAGCAUUUGUUUUGAAUUUGGAUACAUGAAGAAGAAGUAGAAAUGACAGGAAUUGCGUCAUCACGUUCUCCGUGCGUCUCUGGUUUGAUCCAGAUAUCCCAAAUGAUUAAUUACCAUGUAUACAGGGAUAACCCUGUUAGCUCACGCAUGGAAACAGAUUAUUCCCAAUGUUUCAGUAACCGGAAUAUUGACCUUAACCAGAAUUUUGACUGCAUGUAAACGCAGUCACUGUUCUAACUUCCACCACAGUCCAUUACAUUUUGGAGCUUUUACCUUUAAACAAUCCCCAAACUAAAGGAAAUACCUUAAAGAAUAAUCCUACACAAAACAAUUUCUAGAAUAUAUAUUUAUUGUGUUGUCAAACAUCUGACAAUUAUGCCGCCUCUUUAGCGCGCUCUGGAGCUAGUUAAGUAUAGACUGCAAAAACUCAAAAUCUUACCAGGAAUAUUUGUCUUGUUUCUAGUUCAAAUGUCUCAUUUUUAGUCAAAAAAUCUCAUUACACUU